UCGGGAUCAUCUCCUGGAUAAAAUUUCGCCGGAAUUCUGUUGUGACGCACGGGGGGUGGAGGCGGUGUUUUGACGAGGUGUUGACGGUGCCGACGAAGUUGGAGGUUUCGCGUCUGUUGAAAUUUAUAUUGAAUUUUUGGUACGAAGUUAGUGGUUGAGGACUCAUGGCGGACAAGUACAAUUUGAAGAACCCGGCAGUGAAGCGGAUUCUACAGGAGGUCAAGGAGAUGCAAUCGAACCCCUCUGAUGAUUUCAUGAGCCUGCCACUUGAGGAAAAUAUUUUUGAGUGGCAAUUCGCAAUUAGAGGACCUGCUGAUACUGAAUUUGAGGGUGGUAUUUACCAUGGACGUAUCCAGUUACCUGCAGAAUAUCCAUUCAAACCACCUUCAUUUAUGCUAUUGACGCCGAAUGGACGUUUUGAGACCCAAACCAAGAUUUGCUUGAGCAUAUCAAAUCAUCAUCCUGAGCAUUGGCAACCAUCAUGGAGUGUGAGAACUGCUUUAGUCGCCCUGAUUGCAUUCAUGCCGACCAACCCAAAUGGUGCAUUGGGCUCAUUAGAUUACAAGAAGGAAGAAAGGCGUGCCCUGGCCAUUAAAUCUCGGGAAGCACCUCCGAAAUUUGGGACUCCUGAUCGUCAAAAACUGAUUGAUGAGAUACACGAGUACGUGCUCAGCAAAGCACCCCCUGUUCCUCAACUCAGCCCCGCACAGUCUCCUGAAGAAAACCUUAGAACUGAGGUAGCCGAGGCUGAGACUAAUCUGCAAAAUCACGAGGCUGUACCUGCAAGAGAGGAGCUUCCAGAUGAACCAGUAGGUGAUAGGAUUCUUGAAGAACAAGAAAUGCCUCCUCCUGCAAAUCCUAGCCCUGGAGGAGUUGAAGUUUCAAGAGAGAUUCCCUCUCAAAAUUCAGGUACAAGAGUUCAUCCGAAUCCAAAGCCAGAAACAGGGGUCCAAAAACCUGACGAUCGCUUGUUCACAGUGGCUGCCAUAGGACUCACUAUUGCAAUUGUGGUCCUUCUGCUGAAGAAGUUCAUUAGAUCUACCGAACAUGGUGCAGUUUUCAUGAAUGGGUCUUGAGGUAUAUUCAUUGCGGUUUGCUGGUUCCAGCGGAAAAAGGUUUUUUAAGCCCUUAUAUAGUUAUAGAACUGUAUCGUCUAGGUAUACUUAAUCAUUGUAAGUAAUUAUAUAAUGCACUGAUAAAUUGCUAGCACUUGUUUCAGGCUCCAAUAAAGAUUUUCCCCCCUUCGUUCCCAGUAAAAUGAGAGCAUUUUAAAAGUGUGCUUGAAUUUUUCUCUAGUGGGAAGUGAAGGUAUAUAAAUGAACUUGUGUUCUUUGCUCGUUAUUGUUUCUUGAAUCAUAGUUUUGAACUU